ACACUUACCGAACUUCACAAUGUUUUCAAGACGUGCAAUUCCCUCGGCAUUCCGAGCAGCUACCCGCGCAAGCACACCAUCGACUCGCCCCUCCGCGCCACUACGCUUCAUCACACCGUUCCAAGCACGAUUUCUUUCCGAUCAAGUCAAAGCGGCGAUUGAUAAGGCGGUCGCAUCGGCGCCGGUUGUUUUGUUCAUGAAGGGCACACCAGAGACACCACAAUGCGGGUUCUCAAGAGCGAGCAUACAGAUUCUGGGCAUGCAGGGCGUGGAUCCAGAGAAAUUCACUGCUUUCAAUGUUCUGGAGGACCAGGAGUUGCGUGCAGGUAUCAAGGAAUACUCGGAGUGGCCGACCAUACCACAACUGUACGUCGAGAAGGAGUUCAUUGGUGGCUGUGACAUCCUCAUGUCAAUGCACCAGGACGGAUCGCUGGCGAAGAUGCUGGAAGAGAAAGGUGUUGUUGUGCCUGCUGAGGGCGAGCAGAAGCCAUAAGACAUGAAAAAGAGAAGAAAAUACCUGGACCAAGCUUAUAUGUUAUUUCUGUAAUAUAUGUCUUGUUGCGCAUUGAGGCCUUGUAACAUACAUAUGAAGUGCGUGCGAUGCGAGCAUAGAA